AUGGAAGCUUUGCAUAUUAUGAUGGAACGGGCAAAAUAUACAAACGCUUUUAUCGGAGUAAAAUUACCAAACGAAGGUCCUUAUCUAACCCAUAUGCUAUUCGCGGAUGACGCUAUUUUUGUGGGUGAAUGGGAGGUGGAAAAUGUAAAAAAUCUUAAGAGGAUUCUUAGAUUGUUCUAUUUGAUAUCGGGGUUGAAAGUUAACCCAAGAAAAAGUCAACUACAUGGAGUUGGUGUGUCGGAUGGGGAAAUAGAUAAUAUGGCAUCUACCUUCAGGUGUAAAGCUGGAAAAUUUCCGUUCAGUUACCUUGGCUUAAAGGUCGGGGCAAAUAUGAAUAGAAUAUCCCAAUGGAAAGAGGUCAUUGAUAUGUUUAAUAAAAGACUAUCAUCUUGGAAGUCUAGACUUAUCCUUUGCAGGAAGGGUAACCCUAAUCAAAGCAGUACUGGGCAGUCUUCCGAACUACUAUCUGUCGCUUUACAAGUGUCCUGUGGCCGUCUUAAAGAUAUUGGAGGGCAUACGAAGAAAAUUCCUUUGGGGUGGCUUUAA